GUAUGAAGGUGCUUCUCACAUAAAGUCGGUCUUUAUUCAGUCGAGAUAGACUGGUGGUCGACUUCUGUGAGCUGGGUGCAGAUAUCAUGAUUUGCUAGUGAAACCCUGGGCUACCACUGCCGACACAUAUAUCCGACUAAGACGGGCAGCCAUGGAUUUGUUUGCUGUCCUUACAGAUGCUGCCCACCACUCAAAAAUGGAGAUCAACUUCUGAAGAAUCCCUGAAUAGCCUUUCUCACAUUUGAUACAUUUUAUAUCUUCUGCUUCUUUUAUAAAGGUUUUUGGCAACUGGGACACUUUACGCAUGGCAUAUUUGGUCCACCCAAAGGAAAUUCCCACACCAACCUAACAAUCAGCAUUGCACGUGUUGUUCUGUCUCUCGGCUUUAUAACAACACAACCGCACUUUGAAAAAUACUAAAUACAACUGCAUAUGAUAACUGUGGUGGAUUUUCAUUGCUGUGUGUAUAUAUACAAAAUCUCUGCCCAUGUUGCUGUAUACAUUCAUAACUGAAAACCUGUGUGUGUCUGUAGGAAAUUUCUAACCACAUGUUGAAUCUUAAUCAAUAAGAAUUAGCAUCCACUUCUUUUCCGAACAUUUCUAGCUUUCAUAUAUAUAUAUGUAUAUAUAUGUCUGUAUACAUACACGUAUGUAGAUAUGUAAUAGGGGUUGCUUGAGUUGGUAUUUCUAACUCUUCAGAUUCUUAUUAUGCAAUAUAUGUAUAUAUAUAUAUAUGUAUGUAUAUUGAUAACCUGAUGUUCUGUGGAUCGAUUGACAAACGAUGAAAAUUUGUGUUCCGUUAAAAGAUAAUUUGGAGUCGUAUUUUUGUUUUAGUUGACCCCUUAUAGAUAUACCUUGACCCUUUUGUUUACUACCUGAGUACACGGCAUUGUUUUGCUCCCCUUAAUUUGUGUCACAAAGGUCGGAGAUCACUUUGUCCGUUUGAUGGUUAGUAGUUUGUGUGUUGUGUCUGUGAUUUGAACUGCUGAACACUUUAUCAGGAAUGAUGAUACUGUAAAAAGUACAACAUGUAGUAGUCGAGGAUGUCAAUAGUCCUCAUCUAUAGUCUUGCUGGUUUAUGAUGUAAACUGUUCCUUUUACAUAGCUGUUGUCACCAUCAUCAUCAUCAUUAUCAACAACUACAGUACCACCAUAACCAUCAUCAUUACCAUAACCAUUUGUGUCACCACCAUCUUCUCCCUAUUGUAGCAAAUCAAAUGUAAUUUGGAAGCACAGUGACAUCUACCCAAUAUGUACCCUGUUCAGUCUAGCUACCCUAUUGGAAGUCAGCAAGGCAUUAACAGCCAAUCGUUGUACCAAAACCACCAUCUGAAAGGCCACCCGAAUGCUUCGUCUGGGGGCAAGGCAUUUCGACCUUUGGAUGGCUCUGGAGGCACAACAGGGACAGCCACUAGCGUUACGACGUCUAGUGGAGGCGGAAAGAGCUUUAGAAAUGAUACCAUUGCCCGCAAAGAUUUGUCUAAUCAAAGACCUGCCUUGCCUAACCUCAAUCAGGGUAGUUCCUCUACAAACAAUAACACCACUACCAGCACAUCCCUUAUCCAAAAGACAUAUCCGUGUACGAUUUGUAAGAAGAUAUUUUCUAGCCCAUUUUUUCUCAAGAACCAUGAGCAAACUCACCAGAUACAUUCAAUGGGGUCCACCAAACCAUUCGGCUGUUCUGGUUGUCACAAGCAGUUCUCUUUAUUCGUGGACUUAAAGAAUCAUAAUUGUAUGCCUGUCCAAUCCCAGGCAACACAGGAAAUGACAGGCCAAAGAAAUCUGAUGGGCAACAACAUGCAUUCAAAGCCCUAUCACUGCGACAUAUGCAACAGAGGCUUUUCUCACCACGCCAAUUUAAAGUUGCACCUUCGCACCCAUUCCGGUGAUAAACCAUUUUCUUGUGAGGUAUGCGGCAAAAGUUUCUCUCAGAAGAACUGUCUAAAUGAUCACAAGCGGCUUCACAGUGGAGAUUUAUUUUACUGCAGUUACUGCAAGAAGCCAUUCGCCAAUGAAUUCUUUCUGCGUAAUCAUCUAAGAACUCAUACUGGCGAGAAGCCUUUUGAAUGCAACUUUUGCGACAAGAAGUUUUCACAGCGUGGUAACUUGAAAACUCAUAUGCGCAUACACACAGGGGAGCGACCGUUUCAAUGUGAUCUCUGCGACAAAUCGUUUGCUCAAAAGAAUUGCCUGACAGAUCACAAACGCCUUCACUCUGGCGACAUGUUUUUCUGUAUUGUCUGCAAGAAAGCAUUCACUAACCAAUUUUUCUUGAAAAUCCACGAACAGAGCCAUACUGCUGUGAAUAAUAGUGAAGGAGGUGAAAAUAUGUUCUAUUGCACCUUCUGCAAAAAGGGUUUCUCAAAUCAGUUUUUUCUACGUAAUCACGAACGGACACACACAGGGGAAAAACCUUUCCACUGCCAGUUCUGUGGUAAAUCAUUUGCUCAAAGUGGAAACUACCGUACACACAUGAGGAUACAUACUGGCGAGAAGCCGUUUGUCUGUGAUGUUUGCGGAAAAGCAUUUACUCAAAGGAACAGCCUUAGUGACCAUAAGCGUUUCCACACUGGCGAACUCUACUAUUGUAGUGUAUGCAAGAAGGCCUUCUGCAAUCAGUUUUUCUUGAAGAUUCACGAACAGACACAUUCAGGAGAAGUGUAUUAUUGUUCAUACUGUAAGAAAGGUUACCCAAAUCAGUUCUUCUUAAAAAAUCACUUGAGGACUCACACAGGUGAGAAACCAUUUGUGUGCCAAUUUUGCAAUAAAGCUUUUGCCCAACGAGGGAACUUGAAACUUCACGUGCGAAUACACACGGGGGAGAAACCCCACGUGUGUGACAUCUGUGGCAAAGGUUUUGCACAGAAAAACUGUCUGAUUGAUCACAAGAGAAUUCACAGCGGGGAUUUGUUCUUCUGUAUUGUUUGUAACAAAGCAUUCACAAACCAGUUUUUCUUAAAAAUCCACGAACAAGCUCACACUGGAGAGAUGUUCUAUUGCAGUUACUGCAAAAAGGGAUUUUCUAACCAAUUCUUUUUGAAAAAUCACGAACGGACCCAUACAGGAGAAAAGCCUUUCCAGUGUAAUUUCUGUAAAAAGAGUUUUUCUCAACGAGGAAAUCUAAAAUUACAUUUGCGAAGACAUACUGGGGAGCGGCCAUUUAAUUGUGACGACUGCGGAAAAUCUUUCAGUCAACGCAACAAUCUGAUCGACCACAAGAGAGUCCACAACGGAGAAUUGUUUUACUGUAACUUCUGCAAAAAGCCAUUCUGUAACAAAUUUUUCCUACAAAACCAUGAACGAACUCACACAGGUGAAAAGCCAUUUGAGUGUGAGUACUGCAAGGAGAAGUUUUCACACCAGGGUAAUUUAAAGACUCACCUUCGCAAACACACUGGAGAGAAACCAUUCUCGUGCGACCAUUGUGGCAAAUCCUUCACCCAACGACCCAACUUGACCAACCACAAGUGUCCUGCGGCAAUAGCUGCUGCUGCCGCCGGGGACCGGAUGUUUCUGAAGGGAACCAAUACCCUCUCAUCGACAAUCAACAGCCUUGGUAAGAAGUUCAACACCAGCACAGUCGGUAGUGAUGGCGAACUGAAAUCGCUGAACUACAGCUCUUCGAACAAAGAAGCCAACUCCCAAAUGAAACCAAACAUCAAAAACAGUGAGCUUGUACGUGAUCAAUCAAACCAACAGAGCAAAGAUUCCCAAGUGACCACCCCGAUUAGGCCGCAGGCGUCUACUGCGUCCUCUUCACAUUCCAAUUCGACCUACAUUCACGGAAUGCCUCAGUCGUGGGAAAACAACUAUUUGUGGUCUCGGGGCUUUGCUGUUCCACCAUUAAUAGGCUCCGCGUGGCCCAGUGUCACCUGUGCAUCCAAACAAAACAAGCAAAACGCUUGGGGCAACCUCCAAGGGAUGCACUCUUCACGAAAUACAUCAGAAGAUAUCAGUAGUUCCAAGUGAAAAUCGGUGGGGUAAAUUACGAUAAUGAUAAUAAUUAUAAUUAAAAUAACAUUAAUAAUAAUAGUUGAUCUUUGUCUCUUAAUAAACAUUAAUAUUCUUUCCUCUGUCUCAUUGCAUUAUUCAAAACAUGACUCUGUUCUCUCACCUGACAAAAAUGUAACUACUAGAGACAUCUUGUGGUGAAAAACCAAAACCAAAGACCUAGUCAGGGUCAGUAACUCAUCCACCACUGGGUGGUUUAUAUUUUUUUUUCAAAUGACAUUUUUGGUUACACCUCAAAAGUUAAUGCAAGAGAGGAAAAUGUAUUUGUUAUAAAAAAAAAAAUUGACUUUGAGGUGUGUACAGGGCCUGGACAUUAACACACCUCAGCACAUCACAAUUUGUUUACAAACACUCAUAUGUAACAACAACAACAAAUAAAGGUUGUAACACAUUUCCACAUUCAAAAGAUAAACUUCAUUUUCACGCACAUACACACACAUAAUAUUUACAUACACAUACAUAAUACUCAUGCAGUCUUAACAUAAUGCUUGCAAACAAUACACUCAAGCUAUUAUUACAUAUUGAAACGAGAAAAAAAAAAAAUAAUAAUAAUAAUAAUAAUAAAUUUUUUAAAAAAACAACAACAAACAAAUGUAAUAUUUUGUAUUUAAUGAAAAAAAUUUUCAAAACCUAAAUAAAAAUGCAGUGUUGUGUAAAAAAAAAAAGAUAAUAACAAUAAUAAUAAUAAUAAUAAUAAAGUACUAGUCGAGUACUGAGGUCAGUGUUACUGACUGUCUUGAAAAUUGUUGACCUUGUGCUUAAAUUUGAAAUCAAAUAAUAA